AAGAAACACGAGGGAAGGAAUUGUCAUUAUUUUUCGAAAAUCAAAUAUACGCUCGCAAAAUAUGCAAACGCGAAUGAUAAUAACGUAAUGUGCAGUCUUCAAAUACACGACGACGGCCGUUUUCGUGUUUCCAAGCUGGCAAAGUACUCAUUAUAUCAAAUUGCUGGGCAUAUAGCAUAAAGCGAAAAAAGCGUGUGCAAUUGCCUUAGUGUGCGUGCGUCGGUUUGGUCGGUUGGUGUGUUGGCCGAAAGCAGUGAAACGAAAACUGAAGAAAAAAAGAACAAAAUCCCGUAGCAAAUUGUCGCGCGGGCAACGUACGCAAAGGCGCUAUUGAAGGACGAAGAGCGGUCGCUGUACGGACGGCGGAGGCGGCGGCGGCUGCGGCAAUCAUAAGAAAAACGCGUGUAGUCGACCGGGCGGAGGAUAUUGAAGAUUGCGCAAAUGUACAACAGCUAGCUGUGAAGCGUUUGCGCGUGUAUGUGUGUAUGUGUGCUGUGUGUCUGUGCGUGUCUGCGUCCGAGUCCGCGCAACACGCCCGCCUACGCCACAAAACGGCAGCAGCCAACGGCAGCAGCAAACGAAUCGAAUGCUUUCAUUUCCUUUUCGCGCUACCGCCUCUCUCCCCAUCGCCCCCCGCUGCUGCAACUGAUUUCAUUUAACGCGCUAUCGCCUCACCCGCAACCGCAACCUCGCCCAACUUGACGUCGCCCCAUUAUCAGUUUUGAGUGUAUUGUCAAAGUGUGCGCUGCGUAAAAUCCUUCAAAAUUCCACCACAAACGCCCACCAGUGCGAGCGCCAUGCCCGUCUCGUUGGCUGUGUGCGAAACAGCAAAUGUCGUGAACGCUGCGCUGCGCGAAUCGCUUGGCAGCGGCAUCGGCGGCGGCGGCGGCUGCGUUGCGGCCGCAGCUGGCCGAUCUAGUGCCGGGUCCAGUUCUGGCUCUGCUGCUGGCGUUGAUGAGGCCAAAAUCGGCGAUAUCUCCGGCACGGACAACCUGCAGAGUCAAAUUGUGGCAAAUGCCAAGCGUGUCUUGCUGGCCAAAAUCGAGUACGAGGAGGUAGAGAAUUACCAUGAGUCGGUGUUGGCCAAGCUUAAGUCGAAAUACAUUGUCAUUAAGCCGGACAACAAUGGAGCUGCCAACUGCAAUUACAAAACAAAUGGCAACGCCGCUGGCAAGGCUGUGGGCUCCAAUGGACAUGACAAUAAUACUGUAAACGGCGGCACUGUGAAUGGCAAUCGUAAACAGACCGUGGACAGUGGACAGUCCAACCAGAAUUCCAGUGCGAAUCCAAAUGAGCUGCCCAAGCCGAAGCGUGUGCUCUAUCCGCGCGAGAACAUACGCAUCGGCUGGAAGCAGUCGGAGCGCAAAUGGCAGGUGGGCGCUGGAAUGCUGAAUGUGGGCAACACUUGUUACCUCAACUCGACGCUGCAGGCGCUCUUUCAUAUACCCGCGCUGGCCAAUUGGCUUGUCUCGGAGACGUCGCAUCUGGAGAACUGCAACAUUAGCGAGUCCUGCGGCAGCGGUGGCUGCAUCAUCUGUGCAAUGGCCAAAACGCUGCAGACAACGCAAUCCAAUCAAUCGGCGGUCCGGCCAUUUCUUAUCUACACGAAGCUCAGGCAAAUCUGCAAGCACAUGGUUGUCGGUCGACAGGAGGAUGCGCAUGAGUUCCUGCGCUUUCUGGUCGAGGCCAUGGAGAAGGCGUAUCUGAUGCGUUUUCGCAAUUUCAAAGAGCUCGAUCAGCUGGUGAAGGAGACGACGCCCAUAAGUCAAAUCUUUGGCGGCUAUCUGCGCAGCGAGGUGCGCUGCCUCAGCUGCAAUCAUGUCUCGAUUACGUUUCAACAUUUCCAAGAUCUGUUGCUGGACAUACGCAAGGCGGACACCCUGGAGGAAGCCUUCGAUGGUUACUUUUCACGCGAGCGGCUCGAGGACAUGGGCUACAAGUGCGAGGGCUGCAAGAAAAAGGUCUCCGCUACUAAACAGUUUAGUUUGGAGCGUGCUCCAAUCACGCUCUGCAUCCAGUUGAAGCGCUUCUCGAUGAUGGGCAACAAGCUGACCAAACAGAUUAGCUUCAAGCCACGCAUUGACCUCAGCCGAUUCGCAGCACGCAGCCCCACGGCUGCUGCACAGCCUUUAAGCUAUCGCCUUGUCUCGAUGGUCACACAUCUGGGCGUGUCGCAGCAUUGCGGCCAUUACACGGCCAUUGGCCUGACGGAGGCGGGCAGCUACUACAACUUCGAUGACAGCUAUGUGAGGCCCAUUGCCAUGCAGAGCGUCUGCAAUACGAAUGCCUAUAUAAUGUUUUACGAGCUGGAUGUGGCCAGCAGCAUCAACAACAACAGCAGCAGCAGCAACAGUGUUGCGCCCAAGCUGAACGGACUGCGUUUGAGCAAUGGAGCGCAUAGCCCUGCGGCAGCUACUGUGGCUGUGGCAGCCACUGCGACGUCCACAUCCGCCUCUGCUAUGUCUCCGCGCUUCAUUGGGCCACAGCUGCCGAAUGGUUAUGCCAACAGCAAUGGACAUACACUUGGUGGCGGAAAGACAACCAUCCAUUUUAAAACGACGCCACAGAAGCAGCUGCAACAGCAGCAGCAGCAAAACGGACUCCUUAUGGGAGCCAAUAAAUUUCAGGAGUCUUCGCAAUCGAAGCAUUCUCUGGCUGGGGCAUUGCAUAAGGGAGAAGCUGCUCCAAAUGCAAAUGCAAAUGCAAAUGCUAACAAAAGUUCCUGCAACAACAAUAUAACCAGCCAGCACCAGCAACAACAUAUUCUGCCAAUAUCAUCCGACGAGGAAGAGGACGAGGAUGACAGUGAUGAGGACGACGAUGAUGAUGAUGUUAAAGCCAAUACAGCGCCGCAGCUGCCCAGCAUGCCGAAAAUGUUUGAGGAUAGCGAGAGCGUUGCCCAAACUGCCAAGUUGAAGCCAAAGACGCCACUCAAGAGCCUGGUGCCGUAUGAGUCCGCCUCCGAGGAGGAGCAGGAACAGCAACAGCAACAACAGCAGCUGCUGCAAACGUCACAGCAACUGGCAGCGAAUCCGCGCAAGCGACGCAGCGGCGCCGAUUCCAGUGAAUCAGAGGAGGAGGCACCGCCUCCGCUGCCGUCAAUACUGCGCAAUGGACACGCCAAGACCAAUGGCAAUGUGUCCAACACGAGCAACAGCAGCCACAGCAAAGCCAAGUCCGCCUCAAAUGCCUCGUCGGCCAAUGUUAACAGCAGCAAACAAAAGACUGAUGCCAUAGACGAGAUAUUCAAAAGUCUAAACAACUACAAAAACAAACAUAGAAUCGCAGCAGAUGAUGAUGAGGAUGGGGAUGAAGAUGGGCAUGGGAAUGAGCUGGUGCAAACGGAGCAGGGCACAAAGAAGCUAAACAACGCAUCUUCCUCCACGGUCAGCAAGAGCAACGGCUGGCAGUCACAAAACGGCAAAGCGCCGUCAUCUCCAAAGACGCCGCCCUCGCCAGCGGUCAUUAAAUCCAAGACUGGCAUUUGGCAGAUUACGCGCACCAACGAUGACGACGAUGAGGAUGACGAGGAGGAGGAGGAUGAUGUGGAAGCCGAUGCUGAUCAGGAAGAUGACGAUGAUGAAGUGGUUGUUGUAGAAGAGCCACAAGUCAGUGUCACGCCCAAAAAUCCCAAGAAUCCAUUUGCCGCCAGCAAAGCAGCCGAAGCGAAUGCAACAAUUGCCGGAGCUAAGCGACAGAAGCUGCUCAACGGCAGCGCCAAGUCGCCGGCGACACCACGGCCCGGCAAUGGCUAUCAGAGUGAGUCCGUGGCCAACAGCAGCGCCGUUAGUGAGCUGCUGAAGCAGAACCAUCGUGGCUAUGGCACCUCUGUGCUCAGCUGGAACGGCAAGCCAUCGGAGCUGGACAAGGAGUUGCUGGCCGAGGCUCGAGAGCAGCGCAAGCGGGAUGCGGAGGAUGACGAGGAGAACGAAAUGGAUCGUGGACGUCAGCGCAAGAUCAAAUCGGCGUCUGUUAAAUGUAAUAACAGCACGCCCGGCUACAAUCCAUUCCAGGAGUUCGAGAAUCAGAAGCGCUGGCACAGCAACAAGUCCGGCACCUUUCCCCGCUUCUAUCAUCAGAAUAAUCGCCCCAAUUUUCAGCAGCGCAACAAAUUCAAAUACAAUCGAUUUGGCGGCGGUGCCAAGUUCCAACAGCAGCGUGCCUUGCAGCGCCAUCUGGCGGCCGGCGGUGGUUUUACGCGUCGUCAACAGCAGUCGACGGGCCAACAGCAGCAGCAACAACAACAGCAACAACAACAAUCCUAACUGGAUGUCGUCGCGGCCUGCUCCUCGAUCAGGGAACUUGUUGCAUUUGUUGUUGUGGUCGUCGUUGUUGGCUGGCAACGGCUGGCAAACGGGUUCGCUUGGAUUUUACACGAGUUUUGUAAACAUUUUUUAAGUGCUGAUGCAUAUAUUAGGACUAGGACAUAUAAGCUAUAAGCUAGAGCAACCUUAUACCCAACACCCUCCCCCCCACACAUACACAGAAACAAACAUUUUAAGUUUAAGUUAUAAGCGUGUUUGGCAUUUUAUUUAUUGUGUUUAUUUUUUAAUGAGAAUUUUUGAAUUCGCAUUAUGUAACCCCAAACGGACGGUAAACAUUUUCAAAAAGUGUUGCUACCCAAAAAAAAAAAAAAAAACAAAAAGAAAAAAAAGUAUGAAAACAUGCCUAAAAACCAAACUAAACGAAAAGAAAGAAACACGUAACAAAUAGAUGCAAACCUUAUAAGAACUACAAAUAAAGUAACAGAAACAAUAUUUUUAAGAAACUAACAACAAACAAAAUCUGUACAUAUUAUAUAUUUAACUAUGAGAGUGUAGAUUAAAAGUCGGUCUAAGUUAAGUUGGCGUACGAAACGGAUAUUUCAUUUGAGCGCCAGUUUUAUUAUUUAUAGCAUUAGCGGCAAUAACCGAUUGCUAGUGUUAAUAUAACCCAAAAAAAAAAAACAAACAAAAACAAAAACAAAUAAAACAUGUUGGAAUAUGAUACAAAAACAACAAACAAAAAAUAUACAUAGAAUAUAUAUAUGGCAUAUAAGCAUUAGUUGAAUAUGUGCAAGAAAAAAAGAAAAAACGGCCGGCGCCGGCGUAUUAGCGAAAUUAUAUUAUACAGUUUAUUUCGAUCAAAUUAGUGUAAUAGUGAAUAAACCGUAAAACCACAAAGAA